CAGAGACACAACACUACGGUCGGACUUGUUCCGCGUUCAGCCAAAUUCACCUGCGGGCUAAACCAUGUCCUUGAGCCCAAAGCACUCAACUCCUUUCUCAGUGACAGAUAUUUUAAGCCCGAUCGAGGAGACCUACAGAAAGUUUGGAGGCAUGGACAGUACAGGGAACCUCGCGUCUUCGCUGGGCGCAUACCGACAAACUCAGGUGUCUCAACCAGGCAUCCAGCAGCACGCCAUGUGCCAUAACACCGGGGUGGGGAGCACCUAUCACAUGCCACACAGCGUCUCCCAAUUUUCCAGUGCCAUAGGAGGCUACUGUAAUGGGAGCAUCGGGAAUAUGGGAGACCUCCCGUCUUACCAAGACACAAUGAGAAACGGCGCAGCAGCAACUGCAUGGUAUAGCGCAAACACCGAACCCCGCUACCCAACAAUUUCUAGAUUCAUGGGGGCUACCACAGGGAUGAACAUGACCGGGAUGGGGACAUUGGCAGGGAUGGAUGCCACCAAAUCCAUGGUCACCUUACACUCUGCGCCCAGGAGAAAACGACGGGUGCUCUUCUCUCAGGCCCAGGUGUACGAGCUGGAGAGGCGCUUUAAGCAGCAGAAAUACCUGUCGGCACCCGAGAGAGAACACCUGGCAAGCAUGAUCCACCUGACACCGACCCAGGUAAAAAUUUGGUUUCAGAACCACAGGUACAAAAUGAAACGCCAGGCAAAGGACAAAGCGAACCAGCAGAUUCAACAGGAGAACGGCAGUGUGUGCUCACAGCAACAGUCACCGAGGCGGGUAGCAGUCCCGGUUCUCGUGAAGGAUGGCAAACCCUGCCAGAACGGGUCAAGCAUAACGACGUCUGGGCAACAGCAGGUGCAGCAGCAGCAGAACGCGUCCGGUGGUGCGAUGACGGCAUCGGGAAGUGCGGUGGUUAAUCACCAUAAUCAGCAGGUGAAUAAUCCGUUAUCAUCCGAAGAAUUGGAGGAAAUGUCCCCCAGUUCCCCUAUCCUACACAGCCAGAUAAACAUGGCUCAGACAGACGCGGCUCUCCUCGAGUACACCAAUAACAUGGUCAGUUCAAACCUGCUUUAUGGUAGAACUUGGUAAAAGGGAGAAACCUGCCAUUUUAUAUUUUCAUUCUGGAGAAUACAUCAAGUGGAUUUUAAGACGAAUAAAAACAUCGGGAAGGACAGUGAUCGUUGGUGACAUGGACAACAGAAGCACCAUACUUCCUUGACAUUUGAGAGGUGCAUAGACCACCUAUUUUUAAGAAAGUCGACCGUGCGUGUUUUACUUUUGAAGAGUUUUUGAUAAAAAAUGAGACUCCAAGCACUCGGUGACGGUGUGAAGGGAGUGAAGUUUUAUUUGUUGGAAUUAAAUUCUUUAAGGACACAUUGAGGGUAUCAGGCCAAAGUCUUGUAAUAUUUCGAUGAAUGAACCUGAACUGUAUAUAUAGUUAACACAUUUCAUGUGACAGUGAUUGUUUUUAAACGAAAUAUUUGUUCGUUCAUUUUUUGUAAAUUACAAAUGUGAUGGCUGCAUAGCAUACAUAUAUACAAAUCACAAUCCAGUUGAACUAACAAUAAAUUGCUUGACAUGUAAGCAUAUCUGCUUAUUCAUGUGGCACAUGCGGAUGUAACAAAGUUGACGUGUAGGUUAUAGCGCAAUUUUGAUUAAGACGUUGGCCUAAUGCAAUCACAUUUGUUAUUAGUCCUCAUCACCCAAUUAUUGAACGAAAGAGUCAAAAUAUAAUUUCCAAUAUUUCUUACCGUUACAAGCAGGCCUGGUUAAGUAAACAAAUAUUUAAGCACGUAGUGUAUAGCAUGAUAAAGUCCCAAAAUGCAAGACUAUUUGCAGGAAAUUUAAAAUUGGACCGUGACUGAUUUGGCCAAACAAUGGAAAACGAAGAUGAAAGGCGAGAAUUUUCAAACUACUGUAAUAACUGGAGCUCAAUUGUUGUUUCACAUUUUCAAUAAAUAUAAUUUGUUAAUCGUGGGCUCUUUGAUUUGAACAUUUGAAAUAUAAGCACGCAAAAAUGCUAACUAUUAGUGAUACAUUUGCCUAGUUUAUUAUAAUAAUAAUAAUAAUAAUAAUAAGGUCCCAUUAAAUAAAGGGGCACUGAAUGGCCUAUUAUGUAUAUUUGCUAUGGAGCUGUCAAUCCAAUACAUUUUGAAUUGACAAAAAAACAAAAACAUUCGAAAAUAAUUAAACCAUUGUCCAAAGACUUGCUAUGUUUAUGAUUUAGGAAUAUUUAGUUUACAUUUUUCAAUGAAUGCUUCACAUCAGAAAGCUUAUGGCGAUUGUGAGGAUUGGUAGGAGGAAUAUGAUUUGAAAAUGUAAGGUAUAUGUGAUGCAAAUAGCUGAAUCGUUUAAUUUGGCUAUAUUUAUGAACAUUUGAAAUAAAAUAUUAAUCUAAAUUAGGGUCAAUAUCAACUUUACAAACAAACUGACAAUGACACAAUUGUCUUGACUCACUUGUAUUUCACAAGUUUUACAGGCAUUAUUCUUAAAAAUUCAGUACAUAAGAACAUUUUCAGAAUUAUUAAAAGAAAACAAGUAAAACAGCCUGAAAGACAAAUAUAGCGAG